AAAAUGAUCGGCAAAAUCGAAAUUGAAAUCGGUUUGCACGAAUCAACCCGAGAAGCUUCUUCAAUCCUACGCAUCGAUCUCUCAUUUCUCCGAUUUGUUUCUUGCUUCCAUUUCCCUUUUCCUCUGUACCAAUCAUCUCCAAGAGAUCGUUUUUUUACCUUCAAUUAGGGUUUUUGAUUGUUCCAAUCCGAUCUCUCAGUUCCAUUAAGAUUGGUGAUGAAAUUCGAAGGCGUGAUAUGAAAAGCAUAUGAAAGACUUGAUGCCAGAACUUGCGUUGCGUGGGUUCCGAGAUAAUUGUUGAUGGAAAGAGAAACGGAGCCAAGUUUGUCUGAAAAUUCGAGAAGAAGCGAUCGAGAAGAUGUGAAGAUUAUAGAGUGGGAAGAAUUCGACCAUGAGCUAACGAGGUUAUGGAGUCUUUCUUCUGCUCUUAAAUUAGCUACAGAGAAGAAGCUAAGCCUGCAGCCCAAACUUGAGUCUCUUAUUCAGGUUAGUACUGAAUCAUUGAGACGCACUAAUGAACUUGAAGAAAUGCGUCAGAGGCUUGAAGCGAGAAAACUGUUGGUAGACAAGACAUCAAUUGCUUGCAAAGUUACUGAACAGGAUGUUAAAAAGAAAGAGGAUAAUCUUAGUACAGAAGUGAGAUCUUUGCUGGUAGGCGGCACAACUCUUUCCAUCGCCAAAAGCAAAUUGCAGGAGUCAAACUGCCAACUAGAAGGGGAAAAUGGUUAUGCACAUCUAAAGAUUGUAACGAAUAAGCUGAGAAAGAGGCAGCAGUACAUGGUAUCUCAAGUUUCAUUUAUAUAUCCCUUGAAGAUUGAGGCAGGACCUUCACAAGACCAAGAACUGGAAUCAUUUCCAGGUGGCAAUAGAUUAGGAACUAAGCCUCUUAGUCAAGGAUCCGUGAGAAUUCUGGGGUUGCCUUUUAGUAUGGCCCCAUUUACAAAGAUGAGCUUCUUCACCGACAAGAAAGAAGUUCAGAAGUUGGCAACUGCCCUAGGAUAUGUAGCCCAUGCUGUGUCCCUAAUAGCUCCGUACUUGAGAGUGCCUAUCCGGUAUCCUUUGCGCCUUGGUGGUUCCAAAACAUACAUUCGAGACUAUGCACCUUACAUUGAGCCUUCAUCAUCAGAAAUGUCUCUGAUUUCCACACUUGACCAAAAUUCCAAAUUCGUAGAGUUCCCUUUGUUUUUGGAUGGUCAAGAUACAACUCGAGCUGCCUAUGCUGUCUUUUUAUUAAACAAGAACAUCGAGCAGCUCUUGAACUUUGUUGGGGAAGAUAGUCUAGGACCACGUCAGGUUCUAGCAAACCUGAAGGAGCUGAUUCGAAUCAUCCAGUCUCCAGAUUAUAUCGAUUCUUUAUGAUGAUGGUGAUGAUGACGACGAAAAUAAUGAUGCUGAUGAAGAUAUCCAACACUGUUUUUCUCCUCAUGGAGAUCGAUCCAUUCUUCUCACACAGCUACCGGUGUCCUUUCUUCUUUUUUUCUUUUUCUUGAAUCAUCUCAAGUCACACUUUGUAGAGGUAAAAAAGGUCAGAUUAUUUAUUUCGUUAGAAAACUUUAUAGACAUGGAACUUCUCUUUAGGAUGAGACUCAUCUCUCUCUAAGUGUGAUGUUUUUUUUUGGUUUGGAGAGAGGGAGAAUAAACAAGAGCUAGCUUAUUAGUCUAUAAGCUAUAUACAGUUUUAAGUUCUAACAGCAGAUGUAUUAGUUUUUCGUUUUUGACCUUUUUCUUUAUUGUUGUAUCAUUUGAAAUAUGUUUGAAUUUGUUAAGUUAAUAAUAAUGAAUGAUGAGCCUGUUGCAUGAGU